GAACAAUUUCGUCCUGUGUCCACUGCAUAGUUUCGAAUUUUCAACUCCUUUCAAUUUAUAGAAUCCCAAUCUAGGGUUUCGACUUUCGAAUUUCUGUUUCCCUCUUUUUACGCUCCCUUUGUUAUUGAACCCUAAUUGGAUUCAGAUUCAACAAUCACAGCAUCAAUGAAGCCUCCGAUAGAUGAAGGCAGCAGCGGCGGUGAACCUGGUGUCGGGAGGGUGUCGACGUCGUACGAGGCGGCGGGAGGGCGGCAGAGGUUCACGGUUGAGUUAAGACCGGGAGAGACAACAAUCGUAUCGUGGAAGAAGCUUCUAAAGGAGGCAACUGGUCUUCAGUCCAACGGUAAUGGGGCUCCUGGCCCUGCCCCAAGAGCCUCAGCAGCUGCAGCUGAGCUUCAACCACUUAUUCUUCCGCCACAUAAUGAUUCCCCAGGCCCUGGCUUCUCUCCAGAACAACCUGUUGAAAAGGAAGCUAAGGAUGCUCCCCCUGGAAACCGUUUAAAUGCUGUAAUAGAGAAGAUAGAACGCCUAUAUGUGGGAAAGCAAAGUGACGAUGAUGAAGAUCUUGAUGAUGUUCCUGAUGAAGAUGAGUAUGACACAGAAGAUUCUUUCAUAGAUGAUACUGAGCUGGAUGAUUAUUUUCAGGUUGAUAACUCAGCUAUAAAACACGAUGGGUUCUUUGUCAACCGUGGCAAAUUAGAGCGGAUUGAACCUACUUCUCAACAAAAUCAGCUGCCAAAUAAGCGAAGAAAGAAAGAUCAGACCAAAUGUCAGUCUGGUAGUGAUGAUGGAUGUAAUCCAAAUAAGCCUGCUAAAGUAGGAAAGAAGGCUGGGAAAUCAGUACCGCUUGCUGCGGGAACAUCUAGUCCCUCUUAUGGUGUUGUCAUGCCAACUUUAUAUCGUGAAAAUGCUAAUGUUCAUAAUCAGGAGGUGAAUUUUGACAUGCAGAAGGCUGAAGUUCUACAUUCCAAGAAUGUUGUUGAUAAAUUAAAAGAAAGCUCUGAAACUUCCAACCAAAGGUCAAAUGAAAGAAUUUCUGUUCCUCAAGAAAAAUCUUCUGGAAGAUCUGCAAAUAUUUCCAAUGGGCUAGAUCAGUCUUUUCAGCAAGGAGAAAAAAGUGUAAUUUAUGAUCAAAGGCUUGACGCAAGUGCUCCCGAGGGCAAGAGAUCCACACAAACUGUGAGAAGGGAUGGAUCUAGUGUUAGAUCAAAAAUUACAAUGCUUGAGAAGGCAAUCAGAGACUUGGAGAAGUUCGUUGCAGAAUCAAGGCCACCUAAUGCUGAGGUUCAAGAUGGUGAUAAUUCAUCUCAGGCUAUCAAAAGGAGAUUGCCACCUGAAAUAAAGCAAAAACUGGCGAAAGUUGCUAGAUACGCACAGGCAAGCCAUGGAAAAUUAUCAAAAGAGUUAAUAAAUCGUUUAAUGAGUAUUGUUGGCCACUUGGUACAGCUCCGGACAUUAAAGAGAAAUUUGAAGAUCAUGAUUAAUAUGGGGUUGUCUGCAAAGCAGGAGAAGGAUAACAGGGUACAGCAAAUAAAAAGGGAAGUUGCAGAGAUGAUAAAGGACCGAGUUCCACUUAUGAAAUCAAAGGCAAUCGAACAACAGCCUGGAACUUCCGAUGAUUUCCAAUCAAUUGCAACUGAAGAAAAAGAAGCUUUUAAAAGAAAAUAUUGCAUGGAUAAUGCUUUAGAAAACAGAAUAUGUGAUUUAUAUGAUCUCUAUGUUGAGGGACUGGAAGAAGAUGCUGGUCCACAAGUCAGAAAGCUGUAUGCGGAGCUUGCUGCAUAUUGGCCAAAUGGAUUCAUGGACAACCAUGGAAUUAAACGUGCUAUCUGUAGAGCAAAAGACAGAAGGAAGACAUUAUACAACCGGCAUAAGAAUCAAGAGAAAAUGAGAAGGAACAAGAUUUCGGCUCAAAAGGAAGAAGAGGGUUAUAGAGUGGAAACUACUACUCGUGAUCAACCAGUGCAGAUCCAAGAGAAGUCAGCAGUUGAUGCCAGAGAUCAUGGUUCAACUGCAACAAAUAAGCCAAUCUCCAGUACUGCAGCAAUAAAUAUGGUCGGGCGCAUACCUGUUCCUUCCCCGGGUGGCACUAGUUUGGAUCGACCAAAACCCGAGAAAGUUAAGGGAACUGGUAAUUCUACUGAUAGACAUAUCACAACAGAUGCGUUAACAAAAAAGAAAAUGAAGAGGAAACCAGAACCAGAGUUGGGUGAAGGUCAGUAUCUUCCAGAGAAGUUGUCUUCCAAACAAGCGGAGUACAAACCUCAGGAGCCAAUAGCUGCUGCUCCUGUUCCAAAACCCAGUAUUCAGUUAAAUGAGCCUCCAAGCUUUGAAGAGCUGACAUAAAUUAUCAAAUACCACAUAUAUUUAGCCUGAUUUUUUUGCCCUUGGCCAGCUUCUUCCCUUGCGGCUACUUUUAGAUCUGUAAUUAUUACGGAGUAGUCAACAUAGUACAUUUCUACUUUAAAUCAUUUAUUUUCAUCACAUUAGUUUGUCAAAACUCAAGUAUUGGGUACUUGCGGGCAACAUGGACAAUGCAGUGUGUUUGGAAAUGGCUUCAACACAGCAAUUGCCAUAUGGAUGUGAUCUAACAGCAUGGUUCUUCCCGUCA